AUGAAUUGUUUGCAAUAUAUAAAAAAAUGCUAUUAAAAUCUCAGGCAGAAGAGGGAGGGACCAGAAGAAUCGUAUAGACUAUCCACUUAAGAAUCCGAAGUGAGGAAAAAGAAAACUCUAGUUCUUGAUUUGGAUGAAACCUUGGUGCACUGUGAAUUCAAGGAAAAUCAAAAUUUCAAUUAUGAAACUAUUUUGGAUGUUUGGCACAGGGGAAUGCUAUACAAUGUGUACCUGUGUAGACGACCUUAUUUGAGAGAAUUUCUUAAGCAAAUGAGUGUGUACUACGAGAUCAUCAUAUUCACUGCUGGCUAUGAAUCAUAUUGUGACAAAGUGUUGCAAUUCAUAGACUUGGAUAAACACAUAAGUGAUUAUUAUGCAAGAUCAAAUUGUAUAUUUGUCAACGGAAACUGUUUGAAAGAUCUGACCAUUUUAGAUCGGCCACUAGAUUAGUUAAUCUUUAUAGAUAAUAACCCAAAUGCCUUUGACUUACAACCUGAUAAUGGUUUGCUGAUUCCUUCAUUUCUUGAUUCAGAUGAAGAUGAAUGUCUCCUUAGAUUGAUUCCAUUUUUAAAAUUCAUGGCCAACAAAUCCGCUGUAAAACCUGUCAACUAGUUCUUGAAAGAUUACGAAACCACUCACGGUUCAUUGUUUAGCGAUACUCAUAUCACUCUGUAAUGUCACAUAGAUGGAGAGGAGGCUAGUCUAAACGAAGAAAGUUGUAUUAUAAUGGACGACACGCCUAAGCAUCGCAAGACUUAAACUCUUAUGCAUCAUCAAUCUAAAGGAAAAUAAGUUUAAGAGGCUCGCAGUUAAUCUCUAUUCUCUGGUUGA